AUCAAUAGCUUCCUGGACAGCGUUGACGUGGGGGACCUCAUCGUCAAGGGCGACCUAGAGGCCUACUCAUGCAAGCUGGCGGGGCUGGACAAGAAGCUGAGCCGCAGUCUGGAGGAGGAGGUGGCUGCGGGCUCCGCCUCGCCCACCUCCCUCUCCAAGUCGCCCGUGGGGCCGCUGCACGAGUCCGGCAGCCGCAAGACGCUCGUCUACCUCAUCCUCACCCUCAACCACAUCUACCCAGACUACGACUUCUCCCUGCUGCGCGCCCACCACUUCAAGAAGGAGGAGGGGGUGGCCGCGAUAGAGGAGACGAUCGAUGCGCACCUGGUGGAGGCAUCCAAGGUGUGGGACACGACUCCCGGGUUUGGGGAGGAGCCUCUGCUGGACUGCCUGUGGUCCUCCAUCGAUGAGGCGAUUGCCCUGAAGGAGUGCGACGUCUACAGCUACAAGAGCGACAUGGAGAGUGAUCCGUUUGGGGAGAAGGGCUCCGUCUGGUCCUUCAACUACUUCUUCUACAACAGGCAA